GGCCCCUCCCUGGCGCAGGUGAAGGCGGGGCGGAGUCGCUUUCAGUUUCGGGCAUUGUGGGAAGGCAGGAUGGGCGGCGGGGCGCGCACCUGGCACUGAGGGGGCAGCCGGGGCGAGCCGCCCGGAGCAGUGACCAUGAUACGCUUUAUACUGCUGUUCAGCCGACAAGGGAAAUUAAGACUUCAGAAGUGGUACAUAACGUUACCUGACAAAGAGAGGAAAAAGAUCACACGGGAAAUUGUUCAGAUUAUUCUGGCUCGCAGUCAAAAGAUGAGCAGUUUUGUUGACUGGAAAGACCUAAAGCUAGUUUACAAAAGGUAUGCUAGUUUAUAUUUUUGCUGUGCAAUAGAAGACCAGGAUAAUGAGCUGCUGACACUAGAGGUUGUUCAUCGUUAUGUAGAACUAUUGGACAGGUAUUUUGGAAAUGUGUGUGAGCUGGAUAUUAUCUUUAAUUUUGAAAAGGCUUAUUUUAUUCUUGAUGAGUUUAUAAUGGGUGGAGAAAUACAAGAAACAUCAAAGAAAUCAGCAGUGAAAGCCAUAGAAGAUUCUGAUAUGUUACAAGAGACGAUGGAGGAAUAUAUGAACAAACCUGCAUUUUAACUUUAAAACCUCCUGGAGGGACAGAGAUGCUGCUUACUAUCUGUAAAAUUCACUUGUUGAAAUUGCUUUUCUAUGUGCCAGAGCCUCUGAGAAAUACCAAAAACCAAUAACUAAAGGGAUUUGUAUAGUAGUCAAAAUGAAGGUCAGCUCCAAUAAUGUGUAUUGUUCUAUAUAGGAGUUUCUUAAAACUGUUAUUACACUUAAUCUAGCCACUAUCCUCCUCCUACACUAAAAACUAGUUUUUAUACAAUGGCUUUUAGCUAUGAACUUUUUCAGUCUAAGAAAAUAUUUGCAAAAGAUAUUUAUACUAGUUUUGGUCCAUCAUUGAUUGCAUCAGUAUACUUUUGUAAUAGUAUAUUUUUUGAAUGUAAUAAUUAUUCUGGUCUAAUAAUAAUAAUAAUUUUUUUCUU